UCGCAUUUAGUAACGUGCCGUUCACCGACCAAGAUCGCCCGCUUUGCCCGCUCCGCUCGAAGAGGAAAAACAAACCGCUCCAUCUCCAUCUAUCGAAUUGGCAUACAUUUAGUGCCUGUCGAGCAAAAUGUCGGGCGAUGUGCAGCCGCGAAAGCGAAAGGAUAAGCGCCGGAAACGCGAUGACGACGAAUCUUCGCACGGCGUUCACAUUACGAAGAUGGGAAACGAAGAUCUCCACCUGCACGUCCACCACGAGCACGGAACCGGGGGUCACUGGUGUGCCAAGAUCAUAUUCUUCGCUCUGAUGGCCGUGCUGCUGGGAUUGGUGGGUCUGAUCAUCAUGGAGAACCGUGGACUGGAGGAUCUGGACACUCCAUUGUCGGAGUCACGUUUCUCGAAAGUCUUUGAUGGUUGGGUGGAUGAACAUCGAGAUGACCACGAUGCCCACGGUGCGCAUGAACCCUCGGGAGAAGCCUUGGAUGAUCACGACGAUCACGAUGAGCACGAUGAGCACGAUGAUCAUGAUGAAGAAGAAGAAGAACCUCUUUCGGAAGAAUUAGAAGAUGAAAUAGAAGAGGAUGAAGAGGAGCCAGCUGAGGAGGAGGAACCAGAAGCAGAUGAAGAAGAUGAGGAGGACGAAGAUGAGGACAAUAAUGCCGGUGAAAACAUAACCGGCGAAGAUGCAGAGGAAGAUGAAGAGGAGGACAUCGAGGAAGAAGGCACUGUGGAGGCCACUGUAGAAGCCACGACUGAAGCCACUACGGAAGCUACCGCCGAAUAUGAAGCUGAAGAUGAGGAAGAGGAGAAAGCUGAAGCUGAUGAAGACGCAGUAGAAUCCACUGAAGCCCCACCAUCAGAAGCUGAAGAGCAGGAAGAGGAGGAUGAGGACGAGGAGGACCAAGAGGAGCAGGAAGUCGAAGAGUCUGUUGAGCCGCCAAGAUCUCAAUCUGCAGCACAAAGUUCUCCCGCCCCAGAUGAUAACGAUGAUGAUGACGAAGAUGAGGAACCAAACAAUGACGAUGCAGAUGACGACGACUUUGAGUCGCUGGAUCAGCAGUUUGAAAACGAUCCCGAGGAAGUGGAGCCAAAACAAGCAGUAGAUAGCCAGGAAGAUCAGGAUCAGGACAAGGAUGAUGACGAGGAGCCCAAAGAAGAGGGCUCCUCUUGGUUGGCCUCACUUGCCGUUAAAUUUGGCGUUGGCGUUGCACUUGCCUUAGUUUCACGCCUUGUAUUGAUAAGGAAAAGUCCAAAUACAACUGAGGAUGAGCCCACACCAGAGGUCAUAAUGAGGCGGAGAUUGACGAUUGCCACGGCCGAGGAUCACAUACCGGACGAUGUGGAGGAACUGCCCCUGCUGGACGAUGAAUACUCCGAGGAGGAAAUCGAAAUCGAGGAGGAGAUCGAGGUGGAGAUCAGCGACAUCGAGGAGGACGAGGAGGAGCAAGAGGUACGACACGAUAGCGACGACAAUGUGGCCUCCAUGGCCAGUUAUGUGCCCGAGACCUUUGAGCAACUGAGCGCCAUGUAUAAGUUUGCCCAGGAGCCGCCAAAGGAAUCAAAACCCGAGCAGAAAGAGAAGGAAAAGGAGAAGGAACAGGAGAAAGAGAAGGAGAAGGAGAAGGAGAAGGAAAAGGAACCGGACCAGCAGGCCGGUCCAAGCGAUAUCUAUGUGGAGUACGAGAAUGAUCCCUGCGAGGACUACGAUAGCGAUGAAGAGAUCACCGACGAGGAGGACGAGAUCUCCGACGUGGACGACGCCGAUCUGAUGAACCGGCUUGAGGCCAAGUACGGUCGUCUGACCGUCCAGAAAAACGACACUUAUUCUGAUUCCGACGACUCCGACUGGGAACAAAUCAAUCCGAAUGAAGCUGCCCCUGUUGCGGCGGAAAAGGAGGAUCCUUUUGAGCAGGAGUUGCGAAAGGCCAACGAGGAGAUGAUUAGGGAGAACUAUGCCCAAGCCCUGCGAUCCUUUAACACGCUCACCACCAACUUUGCCCACGAGCCAUUGGCCCAUUUGGGAAGAGCCCGUGUCCUGGAGCUUCUGUCCAAGGAAGAGAGAAGCAACAAGCGCCUGUGGGAAGCCAUCGAUGCCUACAAGAGAUACUUGGCCUUUGGCGAGCUGGUCAUCAGUGACCAUGACUUCACGUCUGCCGGCGAAAGCUGCAUUGAGAAUUUGAGAUUUUUGGGCUACCACCGCCAGGCGACCACAAUUCAUGAGCUGCUCAUCAAUCGUUUGCCCAAGGAUCCGCGACUGCGUAACCAACUCUCCCUCACCCAUCUCAUGGUCAACAAUCUUCAGCAGGUCGAAAAGGUGGCUGAGGAGACCCUGAAAGAUUGGCCCACCAAUGCAGUGGCUCAACUGCAUUACGGAUUGGCUCUCAGACAGCUUCGUGGGGACUACGAGAAGGCUCUGCCCUAUCUGAAAUAUGCGGUGGAGUCCCAGGAAGAGGGCACCCAGGAGGCUUUCUUCUACUUGUCGCUGGGCGAGACCCUUCAGCGCUUGUCCAGGCAGUCAGAGGCUUUGGAUGUUUAUAGAAAGGGUGUGGCCAAGGGGUUCUUUGCCAGCCUCUAUCAGAGAUCACUGUACAAUGAGCCCAGGCUCAAGGCACAGCCUUUUUGGCAGCCCACAGAGACGGGCUACGAACGGCAGUUGGAGAAAUUGCAGCUCAAUUGGCGCGCCAUUCGGGAUGAGGGGCUGGCCCUGCUGGGAAGAAGUGGCUUCUUCGAGGACGAAGCGGAACAACUGCGCGACAAAGGAGUCUGGCAGCAAUUCGAACUGUAUGCCCAAGGUCACCGGGUCAAGGACAACUGCCGCAGGACCCCCAUCACCUGUAGCCUGCUGCAGGAGUUCCCCGAAUCCGGUGGCUGUCGUCGCGGCCAGGUCAAGUUCAGUGUGAUGCAGGCCAAGACGCAUGUGUGGCCGCACUGCGGACCCACCAAUUGCCGCCUGAGAGCGCACCUCACGCUAGUUGCUCCAGAGCCGGAAAAAACUUCUCUACGAGUGGCAGAGCAGGAAAGAACUUGGCGUGAGGGCGAACUUUUCAUAUUCGACGACAGCUUCGAACAUGAGGUAUGGCACAAUGGAAGCCAUGCCCGCCUGGUGCUCAUCCUGGACAUGUGGCAUCCGGAACUGACUCCCUCACAGCGCCGCAGCUUAACACCCAUUUGAUCAUAGUUCUAUAAAUGGUUCCGGUUUCAAAGGCUGUAAUUUAGAUCAAUUUGUCCAAAUCGAAUCGUUCACUGUUAGUUAAAUCGCCAUGUUAUAUAGACAUUAUAUACUUGUAAUUAUACCUCUUAGUCGUUAAGCUCAGCUUGAAUGCGUGUUUAGGGUAUAUCGACGUCAUAUUAUCUGUGUAUCAUAUACGUUUAGCUUUGGUCGGCAGCUUACCCUCGCUUUUGUACUUUAAAUACAGAAAUAAAAACCUUUUAGGAUUCGA